AGUGCCACUGUAACGUACAAAAUCGAUGCACCGAAAAAGUGGAUUGCAUUAAGAUUACCACUCGAACAACUUUUUCUCGGGGUAAUUGCACCAGUGCAGAAAAGUGCAGCCAUCCGAAAUCGACACAAGUUGCGUGGAAAACGCCAGGUAAACUCCUCCCCUUUAGGGGUGGGCCAAGAUCCUUCCACGAUUGUUUUCCACGAUGUACCAGCACACGGUACGCGACUAGCCGACUACGCGUACAUGAUUAUUACCAGAGGCCAGUCAAAUAAAACUGUGUGUACUGUAAAAGUGGCAUGUAGAUUUGGAUUUUGGUUAAAGGGACUAGUUAAUUUGGUGAUCAUGACUUAAAGUUUGUUGCACGAGUACGAAGACAUCUAGCUAUAUAACUCUAAAGGUUAUAAACUUAUUAUGGCUGGCACCAACUUGGAGCAACAUUUGGCCAAACCAGUUCAUAUACAAAGACUAGAGAGAAGCCUAUGCUUAGAACCUUUUCUUGACCAGGUUCAAGAAGUCUUAAGAAGAGAUGAUGAUGAUUCAUCUGACAGCUUCCAUGAUCCUGCUGUAAAAAUGACGGAAGAUGUUAAAUUCCUACAUGGGUUACCUGUUUCAAAAUCAGAUAGACUAACAAGUAAGUUGCGCUUGUACAACUUUGAACAAGUUGGAAAAGAGCGAGCUUGGUUAAAAGAUGUACUCCUUAGUGAUUCGAGCUCCAAUGAGUCUGAAUCUGAUGGCCAUGCUGAGGAAGGAAUUCAUGAAUUACUCUACCUCCAUCAUCUAAGAAAGAAAUAUCAAGCAAAAUUUUAUUCAUCAACAAAAAAUCGGCAGUUUAUGUACUACUCAGCCGGUCUUCUUUCAAAGAGAGACAUAUACCCUGAACAUAAAUCUUCCAUAUUGAAAAAUGAAGAGUCAAAAUCUGAAAUUGAUAAAAAAGAGAAGAUGACUCCCAAGGAGACCAAACUUAUUAGAAGAAAGAAAAAGAAAACAAAUGAUGAGGAAAAAGAAUCUGAAAUGAAGAUUCUGAAUGUUAAAGUUGAGCCUGGGACUCCCGGGCCUUCAAAUUUAGAAACAAAAGAUAUAUUAGAUGUUCCUCUAAAAUCUAUGGUUGCAACUGUAAAAAAGGAGCCUAUUGAUUUUCCGGAAACAGCAGAUUUCAGCUUUGAAUCAGACGUAGAAGAAUCCGGAGGGCUGUUUCGAAAUGUUAUAGAAACAGGUAGCGGACUACAGUCACCCUCUCCGGUCCCAUCGCUUUCCCCUACACCUUUUAGUCCAUCUCCUCAACCGUCGCCAAAAGGAAAGAAAAAAAAAGACAGAAUAAAAAAAGAGAAGGUAGAAAAGAAAGGAAAGUCAAAAAAAGAAAAGGGUCCACCUUCUGUCAAAGCUCUAAUUGCUCAGCGGCGAAAACUUUGGCUGCUUAUUUGCAAGAAGGAAAUAAGCAAGGCAUCUAAAGCUCGUAUGAACAACCACAAAGAAGAAUUGGUAUCUUGCAAGCGGGCGGCAACCGGCUGCAUGCGGGUUUGUCGUCUGCGCGCAAUGCAGUCACAGAAAGCUAUGAAAGAAAUUGUUUGGCGAGCUAAGAGGCUCACACGCGAAAUGCAAUCUUACUGGAAACGUUAUGACCGAGUUGAAAAGGUCCAACGUCGACAAGCCGAAAAAGAGGCAGAAGAGCAGCGCAAGCUCGAUGUGGAGUUGAUGGAGGCCAGAAGGCAACAGCGAAAACUAAAUUUCCUUAUCACACAAACGGAACUCUACGCCCAUUUUAUGGCAAAAAAACUCGGAAACGCAGAUGCAGCUGCUCAACACGAUUUAAUUCUCGGUCAUCUUGAUGAAGAAGUCAACUCACAAUUAGCUUACCUUGAUGAUUAUGACGCUGAGGCAACAAAACAGCGCGUAAUGAACAAUGUUACCACAGCGUUUCAUGUGCAUCAACAGCAAACACAACAGUUUGAUGAUGAAGACGUGCCGGAAGGAUUACCACACAAUGAACCGCAACUACGACCAGAGCAUGCGCAACCAAAAAUAUUUCAAGGGUCAUUGAAGACCUACCAACUGAAGGGUAUGAAUUGGAUUGCCAACUUGUACGACGAAGGUAUCAACGGAAUUCUUGCAGACGAAAUGGGUUUGGGUAAAACGGUACAAUCGAUUGCUUUCUUGGCGCACAUUGCCGAGCAAUAUGGAAUUUGGGGUCCUUUCCUGAUUAUUUCACCGGCCUCGACGCUUCACAAUUGGCAGCAAGAAUUAGCGCGUUUCGUUCCAAGCUUUAAAGUAAUUCCGUACUGGGGAAGUCCCCAAGAACGGAAAAUUCUUAGAAAGUUUUGGGAUACACACAACUUGCAUACUCCCGACGCCAGCUUUCAUGUGGUUGUAACCUCUUAUCAGCUCAUCGUAACAGAUUAUAAAUACUUCAAUCGAAUCAAAUGGCAGUAUAUGGUACUGGACGAAGCUCAGGCCAUCAAAAGUGCCUCAAGUACCCGCUGGAAAAUGCUUCUCGAUUUCAAUUGCCGCAAUAGACUUCUUUUGUCUGGUACGCCUAUUCAGAACAGCAUGGCUGAGCUUUGGGCCCUUUUGCAUUUCAUCAUGCCCACGCUGUUUGAUUCGCAUGAGGAGUUCAACGAGUGGUUUUCCAAAGAUAUAGAAUCCCACGCCGAAAAUAAAACAGGCAUCGAUGAAAAACAUUUAUCUCGUUUGCACAUGAUUCUUAAGCCGUUCAUGCUUCGCCGUGAAAAAGAUGUGGAAAAUGAACUAUCGGACAAAAUCGAAAUUAUGAUGUACUGCCCAUUGACCAACAGACAACGAAUGCUGUAUCAAGCGCUCAAACGAAAAAUUAGUAUAGAUGACUUACUGUAUUCGGGUGGAUCAUCUGCAACUGCCCAGAAUGCCACAACAACACUUAUGAAUCUCGUCAUGCAGUUUAGAAAAGUAUGCAACCACCCCGAAUUAUUUGAAAGAAGAGAGGCCAAAUCUCCGUUUUUCUUUCAACCUGCAGCAUAUGUUCUACCUAAACACCUAUUCCGAGAAGGGCUGUUGCAUAUGACCAUCCCUAGCCGGCGCCAUUUGUUGUUAGGUCGUUUUUUCAUCUGGAUCCCAGAAUAUACCCAUCAUUCUUUGUUCCCGCCCGGAUCGGUGAUGGACUUAGUGUUGAUUGAUAGCUUCGUAUCGUUUAGCCGUCUCAUCGGACAUUCUCCUUUCGAUCUAUUUUCACUUAUGAACAACGGAGUGUUAUCAAGUUUAAAAUAUGGUUACAACGUUCUCGCGAUUGAAGAAAACCUCCACCACAAUCACAUUUGGAAAGAUGGAGGAAAACCUCAUUUAUUCAUUCAACCCCUCUUUGCCCUGUCGUCACCUUCCGUGAAAUCUAGCAACAUUUUGUCGUCUUUCGUCUUCACGUCAGCUGUCGGAACAGGUUAUGCGCAUUUAGACCAUGUACUUUACAGUAUGCCAGAAACAAUGGAACAUAGAAUUCUACGCGGCCGUAAAGCUAAGAAUAUUGGGGCCGCUGAGUUUUCGUUUACCACACGGCCCGCUCGGACGUUAAAAUGUUUGUGGACUGACAUGCCAAAUAUCCUGUCCCUCCCCGUCUUAAAGGUGACCUGCCGUGGCUCUCCUGUUACAUGUAGCGAUCGAAGCGCAGCGUAUUGGUUUGAAGAAUUGUCCUAUCCUCGUAAUUGUGAAGGGAUAAGUUUGAUUCUUCAGGGAUCAGCUGAACUAAGCCCUAGACAUGGGUGGUCCAGCGUGAUUCUUCCAGACAAAGAGACUCUAAUUUGUGAUGCAGGCAAGCUGCAGGUGCUCGAUAGUUUGCUACGACGGCUAAAAAAUGAAGGCCAUCGAGUCUUAAUUUACUCACAGAUGACUCGUAUCAUCGAUUUAUUAGAAGAAUAUAUGUGGCAUCGCAAGUGGACGUACAUGCGACUAGACGGGUCUUCCAAGAUAUCAGAUCGUCGUGAUAUGGUUGCCGAUUUUCAGACCAGAUCCGACAUUUUUGUCUUCCUUUUGAGUACCCGAGCUGGAGGUCUUGGCAUAAACUUGACAGCUGCCGAUACUGUUAUUUUCUACGAUAGCGACUGGAACCCCACCGUGGAUCAACAGGCAAUGGAUCGCGCCCACCGCUUAGGGCAAACGAAGCAGGUGACAGUCUACCGAUUAAUUUGUAAAGGAACGAUUGAGGAACGCAUCUUACAGCGAGCACGAGAAAAAAGCAAGAUACAAAAGAUAGUCAUAUCUGGCGGUAAUUUUAAGCCCGACACACUGAAACCGACGGAAGUUGUUUCGCUACUUUUGGACGACGAAGAAAUAGAAAGAAAAUAUCGCCAGCGGCAAGCAGAACGGAAACAACAAGAAAUCGAACGUGAAGCUGAACGAAAACGAAAGUAUACAGGAGGCGCGGCUUCUGCGGUGCCGGAAGCCAAACGCACCUGCCUGGGUAGCGCAACGCCAACAGAAUAUACUCCGGCAGCCAGCCCCACUCUCACUGAGCAUUCAUCUCAAAGUGGGUUUCGUUUCGAUGAAACGUCCAACGACGGAUCAUUAAUAGUUGAUGAUAGUGGACUAGUGGACCCAUCAGGUGUUGGCCGUUUCACCCCACUAAUUCCUGGACGACAGCGUUCCCGACCGAACCGAGGGACCGGGAGACGAGGACGUCCUCCAGGAUCUGGAAAACGGUCUCUAAUGAUGGCCUCGUCGUCUGGGACAAGUCGUGAAUCUGCAAAACCUACUGUGGCUAACGAUAUAGGUUUUUUGAGUCCGGAAGCCGCAAAUCGUUUGUCUGAUAUCUCUAGCAAUAAUGGAGAGGAAAUGCCUACAGGACAACAAGACAUUUCAGCCGGUCCUGCAGUUAGACGUCGCCCGGGGAGACCUCGCUUAAGACCUGUUGGUCCUGCACACCAGGGAAAUCGAAAAUCCAAAACGGAAGAAGUGAUGUCUGGGAAGAAAACUCGUAGAGGCGCCCCAUCAGGCCCACGUGUUAUGAAACCUCUUCCGGUACCCAUCGGCCUUAUGGCCAAUAAAAAUUCAGAUGGUGCGCGCACGUCUUUACCCUCUGGUACUACCUCCACACCUGUUUCGAAAGCCCGAAGUAGUGGCUGUUUUCAUGAUUCUGCAUCGCCAUGAAGAGAAAAGAAACUAUUAGUGAAGAUUAAAUGAAAGCUCGAGGAACAACUAAACUUAAUUAAACUUUCCGAGUCUUUAUCCUAAAUCUUUGUUACCCUUUCCCUGGCCGGUGUAAGGUUGAUAAUAGUAAGGUAACACCCCACAGUCUUGUUACGUUGUUCCGUAUUGGUAUUAAAAAUAGAACUGAAAUGCCACAUCA